AACGGAACUUGCACCAUCUUUAUUGUUCGAUAAGGAUACACGAGUUCGGUUAUUAAAUAUGUCUUUGUAACAAGUCAUCGUCUGUUACGCAAAAAAUUCCUUUUCCGUUUGGCCCAAAAACUGACCGAUUAGUAGCGAUAAUCUUAUCUGCGAAAACGAUUUGUCGAGGCAUGGGCCAAUCUACGAUGGCCCCUCUUGGAUCUCACUACGAACAAACUUUAGCAAGCCGAAUGUAAAUGUUAAUUAUUACAGUUUUUGAUAUUAUUAUCCAGUUUACACCAACCGUGUUACUCGAAUCGAACGAACUGUACUUUUAAUUUUGUUCCAUAAAUUUGCGUCACCAUUCGCGUCAAUAAUACGCAAUAUUUCGGAUGAAUUAUUAUUCGAUACGAGAAAAAACAGCUCGCUUUAAAUAAUGAAUUAUUACACGGAGUACGUAUCAUCUAUUAUUCAAAUAAACACACUCCCAUUCCGUUCAAUGUUCCGAUAAUUCCAUUUAACAUCAUCAACGUUUGGAGAUAUGAUAAAUAGUGACAUUUGCCACUGUAAUUCGUUUCUGUUUACAGUGAUUCAUUAGCUGCGAUGUUAAAGCGGUUAAAAACACGAUACAAGGCACGACAAGGGAAUAACUAUGCUCACCUUAAUAACACCUCGGUUAAUUAACGGAAUUUUAGAAUAACGCGGCUGUAGAUUAUAGAAUUUCGGAACCGAGUAGGUGCGCGCGCAGUAAUUCGCGCGCGAUUCGGAAGAGCGACGAGUCCACCGCCAGAUGUCUGCACUCGUAGCGGAUCGCGUCGCGCGGGCAAUAAAGAAAAAUGGCGUCGUGAUUUCGAGCGGGCCAAGUUAAAUUGUUAAACGCGCGUUUUGAAACUCGGGACCUUUCCCCACUCCCCUGUAUCGUUGGAAUUAGUUGAAAUGGUGGAAGAAUGCGGGAGAGAUGGACGGCUUCCCACACUCGCGAUAAAGCGAUCCGUAGAGGGGGUAAGUCGCGCGAGGGGCUCCACUCGCGGCGGAGCAGCGAACAAACGAACGAGACAGAGACGCUCGGUGUGAUUCGCUCCGCGAUCGCGCGCUUUUCACCUCGAGUUUCUCGAUUUCCCGCGAAUUAGCAGCGAAGAGGCCUCGGGGGAGCGAUAAAACGAUCUCGUGGUGAUCGUUCGGUCUAACGGGCGAGUGGUAUCGACGUCUCUCCGAGCGUCAGCGAGCUCGCGAAUAUCAGCGGGAAUUUUUCUCACGGUCGACGAACCGCCGCGGACAUCGGGCCGAGAGAGAGUCCACGGUCUACCGUUUCUCGUUUGUCCGCUUUCUCUCGCAUGUCGUGAACGAUAGAGGAUGGGGGUAGCCGGCAGAAGAUCGCGGAUGCUCGUUCGCGAGAAACUCGCGAUCUACACUUUCCCCGUCCCGCGUCCCGCGUCGAGGCGUCGGGCCAUCGAGCAUCGAGCAUAUCGGUCGAGCAAGGUUCUACAUAUUCCCAUCCGUCUGUCCGUCCCUAGCCCCCCGGUUCGCAGUUCUCGCGCGGCUCUCGACUCCCGCGACUGUCGUCUCUCGCUCCGAUUAUCGCUCGACACGCGUCCGUCUCGGUAUCAGCCAGUGGGGAGCCAACGAAAACGAAAGUUAGCUGCGAAGCAACGUUUCGCCGCGGAUCGUGAACGUUUUAUCGCGAACCGUAUCGGUGGCGUCGCGACGCCGUGGUACGCGCCGCGUCGCGCCUCUGUCGCGAUCCUAGGAUCACGAGAAUGGAGGAAUCCGGAAUCGACAUGGGCUUCGAUCUGGCGGCGAUCACGGCCGAUCUGGAGCACCGCGAGGCCGAUCUGUCAGGACGUCGAUGCGACGACAAAGGAAUCCACGUCGACGACCCGACCAACUUAAAUGGAAACGACGACGACUGGGAGCAGGCCUUAUCAUUCUUGUCAACACCGGCGCAAGACAUCAUGUACUACGAAUUGAAGAGCCGAGCGCCCAGUACCGGCAGUCCACCGACGUUCAAGACCGCGACGCCCACUUCGCGCACGCAAUUGAAGCUCCAGUUGAUGAGAGAGCAGCUGCAGGAGCAGGAGAGGAGAGAGGCGGAAUUUCGUCAGAGCUUGCAGCAGCAGAGGCCAGCGGCUGCCCCUCCAAGACCAGUGCCCCCUGCGUCCCUCUCGACCAUCGGGGUGGACGUGCCGCCGCAAGUCUUGCAAGUGCGCACGCUAUUGGAGAAUCCGACGCGGUAUCAUGUCGUUCAGAAGCAGAAGAAUCAGGUGCGGCAGUAUCUCCACGAGUCGUUUCACGGAGGGGCGAUCGACGGCGCUGGUAGCGAGAGCGUCCUGGGUAAAAAUUCGGAAAUCGCGCCGACGUCCUCGCCGAUGGUCGUCCAAAGCGCACCGCCAGGACCAACGGUGCAUCACCAGAAGCCACAGCAUCCUCAUCUAGCCUCGUAUCCGCACCCGCACCAGCAACACCACCCGCACUCGCACCCUCACGCUCCCACGGUGCUGUCGCACGGUAAUCCUGUCGCGGCCAGCCCGGAUCCUAUGACCGGCGCCAUGUCGCCGGGUCUCUCCAGCGUCGCCACCAGCAAUUCCGAGGCGGAGGAUCUCCUGGACGACAUUCUGUCGUUCGAGGGUGGAUCCUUGGGCGACAGUUUGAAGGAUGGCCAGCCAGGAAGCCUGACCAACAUUCCGGAGCUAGAAAUCAAACCGGAGCCUCUGCUGCUCACCGAGGCGGAGAUACACGCUCUUGCCAAAGACCGACAGAAGAAAGACAAUCAUAACAUGAUCGAGAGGCGACGACGUUUCAACAUCAACGACAGGAUCAAAGAGCUUGGGACGCUUCUGCCGAAAACCAAUGACCCGUAUUACGAGAUCGUUCGAGACGUGAGACCGAACAAGGGCACGAUUCUCAAGUCGUCGGUGGAUUACAUAAAAUUGUUGAAAAACGAACUGACGAGGAUGAAGCAGAACGAGCUCAGGCACAAGCAGCUCGAACAUCAGAACCGUCGGUUGCUUUUACGGGUUCAAGAAUUGGAGCUACAAGCCAAGGCGCACGGACUUCCGGUUUCCGACUUCAAUUGGGCCUCGACGUCCGGGGGCAUGCUCAACGCCUUCCCCAGGAACAAGCUUCAGCAACGCAAGAUUCCAGAAUUGGUGACGGAAGAGGCGCCUAGUUUGAGUAUCUCGCAGCUGGAAGAUCUGAUGGAGGACGACGUGAGCGGGCCGAUACACAGUGGCGACCCUAUGCUGUCCUCGCCGCACCUUCCACCGUUGAGUCCAGCACCGACAGUAUGUCAACACGGCCUACCAGACGAGGACACCCUCGGUAGCCUGGCACCGACCACGCCUAAUUCUUCCUCCGACAUGGACAUUGUCGCGUAGCAUCUCGAACGGUAGCAGCCUCUCAAACGACGCGCUACCCGAGCACGAGCAUGUUUCGGGGGUUGGUGGUCGCGAACCGAGGCUGCUCGAUGCGAACGUCGGACCGUAAACGUUUACGGUCGACGACGGAAACGUAAUUCUCGGUCAUCUUUCUCUCUAACGGCUGGCCGUUACGUACACGGCUCCGAAAGAAUACUCUUUCGAGCGUGUACACUCCUCUCGUAUCUUAAUUUCGGUCUACUGGUUCGGUACCGAAACAAAACACGGAAUAUUCACGUUCGACCCCGUUACGCGACCGUUGGUCGGCCUCGAACAAGGUUCCCCAAGGUCGAUACUCGCGUAACGUUGGCUGGCGAGCUCCUCGCUUGGCUGCAAUCGAAAUUUUAUGGUACGAGUACUCGCGCAGGUCGCGAGUUCUGUGACGAUGGCUCGGACAUGGUAGACGGCAAAUCUUUCCAAAGAUGUUCCUUCGUUUCGUCGAGAGUACACGCGAUCUUUCCGAUUUUCUCGAUCAUCGUGGUUCUCGUGAUUUCUUUAAGGCGGUCCUGCGCGUAACGCGGGUCUCUCCGGGUAAACUGUAGAAAUGACGCAUUUUGCGCGAACGAGGAGAUCAGCGACGUUAGCCCUCUGCGGUCGGCCAUUUUGGAUCGCGAUGAUUAAGGAAACGCAGACGGAUAGAGUGGAUCUGAAAAUUAUUCUAUUUUAAUUUGACCGCACUGCCCGAAUAUUCAUAUUUUACUUCGUACAAGUGUAUAUAUUCUAGACACGUUAGCUUUCAUAUUCCCCCCCGAGUAAUAAUGUUCUAUUCCUCGAUAAUGUCACGCGAAGAACAUAUUCGUAGAAUAAAUUUAAAUAAACACGCAUAAAGAGUGACGGGUUCGUAUACUCAUCAGGGCUCGAAGCUCCGCCCCUUAAAGCUCGUCAUUCGAGGUCCGAAGAAAUCAAGUCUGCAAAGAAUGUCCCAAUGUAUCGUCCAAAAUGGCGAGAAUAUCUCCGCAAGGUAUCGCCGCAAGGUUUAACCUCGUAACGAUCUAAGCGUGCACGAUACGAAUCGUCGGUUAUCCACUUGGCCGAUUCGAAGAACCAUGGAGUCCCCGAGUCGAAACACGCCGUGAACUAUUUAGAUUAUUAAAGUUUGUUACGACAUUCGCUCGCCGUGGCCCUUUUCUGUCGCUCUUUCUUUCCGCCAGUUUCGCUUUCUCAUUGAUAAAGGAUCGAAACGCGCGAGAUCUAGGACGAGGACGACGGAGCCAGGUGUCACGGCCCGCAGACGGGCGUCGAACGACUCGGUUGCGCAACGUCGCAGCGGAGCAGUCGUUCGUUCGUCGUUUCGUUUCUCGAAAAACGUCUCGGUGUCGCGAAAGAAUUCGAGGCGUGCUAGAAACGUGUUCGCCCGGCUCUCGAAAGAGCGGGCGUACACGCACGCGCGCGUAAACUGUACGUAGAAGUAUGAUUAAGGAAACAAAGGAAACGAACGAGGCGGGAUGUAAGCAAACGCGUGUGCGAGAGAAGAGACAUUUCCGCGAAAGGGUGGACGUAUGCAUAAAUGGGCGACACGCCCGCGACAAGAUAUAUACAAAUAUUUUCGGAAGUAUUUUGCGACGGAAACGGCGGGGAGUCUGCGUUACUUGUGAGGGCUCGCUCAGAUUAUCGACCUUUCCUCGAGUCAAUGUUUGGCCGAGGGCUGUCCUGCUAAAAGACGCCGUGCUACGCCGAGUGCGAUGUCACUUACACAGGCUGGAUAAAGUAACGUUCCGCUACGCGGUGAAUACCUGGCUCUAGACAUCAAAGAUUUAUAUUCUGCUCUAAAAUAUUAGUAACCCGUAAUGGUUCGGAGCUAACCGUGUCCGAUUAUUAAUCAUAAUCGUGGAUUACAUUUUGCCCGACGCCUCUAACAGACCUCCAAGAUUCUCGUCCGACGGAAAAUCGAUGAACCGAGCGAGCCCUAAACCUCCGCCUUCGAGAGCCCCGAUUCAAUUUCUCCUCCUUUUCAAGUUCCUCCAAGAAUGUACGCGCGGGCACACCCGACUCGUGCUUUACCGCGUUCGAAAGUUUUUCGAAAAUGAGGAGAAACCGCGUCGGGACUCUGAUCUCUUACCGGUCCACGCGGACGUCACCGCCGUUCCCGUCGUCUUGUGAUCGUUUUAUCUCUAACCCAGAGUUGGGCAGAAUUUCGAUCGAAUAAUGGAUGACGAACGGAAACGAUUCAUUCGCAACGGAACACUCUAGCGAACAGUUGCUCGGAGAACCUUCUACUGGGAUUAAGUGUUGCUCGUAUCUUUUAUUCGUCGUUCGAGAUUUCUGAUCUGGAUGACAAUUUUGCCCAUCUCUGGCUCUAACUAUCGCGUUUUACCUCGUUGACGCGUAUUAUUCGCUCAUUGUUAUCCGCGCGAGCCGCGCGAGGGUCCUACGACGUUUCUCGCCGGUCAUCGCGUGAAACUGCAGAGUAUAUAAAGAGACGUUACGGAAA